AUGCCUGCCUCUUCAAUAUCCAGCUCAGGCUCCGCCUGGCUGCCAACCACAUCGACUACAAGACAUAGAAGGAUAUCACCUGCCACAGGGUUUAUAAAUACAAUAUGGCUACCUUUCCUCCUUGGCUCGAUAUUUCUCGCCGGUAUAUCGCAUGCGGAAAUCAGCCUCGUAUAUUGUUCAUCAGAAAACACAGGAAUAGGCAAACUUGCACCCAAAGAUGGGGUUAAGCAUUUCAACUAUAUAUACCAAUCGGACGGAAAAUGCCAUGAUUUUUGUAUCCAAGAUUAUGCCUUCGCGAUUGUACUUUGGCAAGAUUGCUGGUGUUCAAACUUCCCGCCUAUUGACCUGAAAAAUCUGGAUGAUUGUGGUGAUAGUUGUCCUGGGUUUCCAGACGACAAAUGUGGAAACCGCACGGCAAUCUACUACAACUAUAUUGAACUCACCCAGCACUUGCCAAGUUCCAGGACGGAUUUACCCGCUUCCACCACCAGUGUACGUUCUUCCACCCGGGUGAAACCUACGUAUUCGGUUACCGUGUCGGUGUCGGUGUCGAUUCCUGUGACUGUCUUCAUCACACCUUCCGAACCAGUAAAGACAGAAGGGCCGGACACUAAGACGACUGAUCCUGCAACUUCAGAACCUCCGGGCACCCCUGUUGUUUCCGUUGUCACCAUCCAGGGUUCCCAGCAUACAGUGACAGUCACACCAGCCGCUACCGGCCCGUCAAAUAGCAGUUUCCCCAUGAGUUCUUCUGACGGCAACAACUUUUUCUCAGAUGCUGGUCGGGUGGCUGGUGUAUUUGUUGGUGUAGCAGCAGCCAUAAUACUUCUUUUGGCUGUGAUAUUUUUCCUCCGGAGGCGCAAUAAUGACCGGCGGAAAUCUGUCGACUCAUCGAACCACCCCGAGAUGGGAAUGUCGGGAGCAGGUUCGCCGAAUUUGACUGGUAGCUCCAGUCCCACCGGCCGACCGCGUUCGACUAGUACCCUCGGCCUUGUCGGUGGCUUACAGGACAAGGCACCAGUAAUAACGACGACCGGCUUCACUGAGACCGACCGGGUUACAGAUCAAAGAUUGGAUCCAAAUCAAAUUUGGAUGCGGUUUGACAAUGACAACGGUAGCCGCGUGAGUCUGAGGUCUUUGCAAGACAACCAGGACUACUCACGGAGAGUGCUUAAGGUACAUACCGUCCCCGAGGAGGAUUGCUGA